GAUGCCUAUUGAAAACAGUUGGAAGGGAUUCGAGAACUGCAGCUUUUCCUCUUCACCUUGAAAAGCCGGAUCUCUAUGCUGCUACUGUCCAUGAAAGAGUGAGUUGAUUUCCUAUCAUUGUUCUUCGUCUUGCCAAUUGCAGAAUCUAUACGGAAGACUUCUUUAACUGAAAUUUUGAAACAUUCCCGUUUUUUGAUCAAUCAUCCGAGAUGAGCAGACUCUACGAUGGGUGGAAUGAAAUUUUAAAGAUUCAGAAGUUCCGGAGAACGGUGGGAUACACGAUAUUCUUUUCUUUCUCGGCGCUCAUUAGCUACGCAUACAACUCCAAUACUACAAGAGCUGGGUACUCCAGAGGUGAUCAGUUUUAUGCAUCAUAUCCUGCUGGGAGUGAGCUUUUGACUGAUACUACUAAGUUGUAUAAAUCUGCUCUUGGGAAUUGCUUCGAAGAGGAAGAAUGGGGGCCGAUCGAAUGGUCUGUAAUGUCUAAGCAUUUUGAGCGUCAAGGGAAAUCACCAUACGCAUAUCAUGCGCAAUACCAGGCACACCUUGCCUCUAAUGGACAUCUUGAUGGAAGUGGAUAAUGGAAGGAUAUGAAUCCAGAAUGAGUCCGAGACGGAAAGAUGUAUUAAUAAACAUUUGCAAAUGGAUAACAGUUCUGAAGAAGUCAGAAGCUUAUGAGCGUUUGAUGAGUUCAAAUCCAUCAGUGGUAUUAUGUGAUGAUCUACUUGAAUGAAUUUGUUGUUUUCAUGGGUCACUUUUUUAUUUCAAUAAUAUCGCAUUGAAAGACUUGGAAAGGAUGUCAUCUUCGGAUUAAUGUAGCACUAAGAAACAUUCUUGAAAUAUAUGGAAACAUUCAAUGAUCA